GAAGCUGCCAUGCCUUCCGGGGGCCGCGGGCGGUCCCGGCUACGGCUCGGGGAACGUGGCCUCUUGGAGCCACCCUCACCGCCCAAGCGCCGCCUGCUCCCGCGGGCGCACUUCUUGCCCCUGCUUCUGCUGUCCCUGGCCGUGGCCUCGGCGUUCUACACCAUCUGGAGCGCCUGGCACCGCCAGACUGAGGAGCUGCCACGGGGUCGGGAGCUGCGGGGCCGGUUGAUCGGAAGCCUCCCCGAAGCUCGGCUGCGGAGGGUGGUGGGGCAACUGGAUCCACACCGUCUCUGGAACACUUAUCUGCGCCCCCUGCUGGUUGUGCGGACCCCGGGCAGCCCUGGCAAUCUCCAAGUCAGAAAGUUUCUGGAGGCUACACUGCGGACCCUGACUGCAGGCUGGCAUGUGGAACUGGACCCCUUCACGGCCUCGACACCCCUGGGGCCACUGGACUUUGGCAACGUGGUGGCCACGCUGGACCCAGGGGCUGCUCGUCACCUCACCCUUGCCUGCCAUUAUGACUCCAAGCUCUUCCCAUCUGGUUCGACUCCCUUUGUGGGGGCCACGGAUUCGGCUGUGCCUUGUGCCCUGCUCCUAGAGCUGGCCCAGGCCCUCGACCGGGAGUUGAGUAGAGCCAAAAAGCAGGAAGCCCCAGUGACUCUGCAGCUGCUCUUCUUGGACGGUGAAGAGGCACUGAAGGAGUGGGGGCCCCAGGACUCCCUCUAUGGCUCCCGGCACCUGGCCCAGCUCAUGGAGUCUGCACCCCACAGCCCAGGCCCCACCAGGAUCCAGGCUAUCGAGCUCUUCAUGCUUCUUGAUCUCCUGGGCGCCCCUAAUCCGAACUUCUACAGUCAUUUCCCUCACACGGCCCGCUGGUUCCAUCGGCUGCGGAGCAUCGAGAAGCGCCUGCACCGCAUGAACCUGCUACAGUCUCAUCCCCAGGAAGUGAUGUACUUCCAGCCUGGGGAGCCCCCUGGCUCUGUGGAAGAUGACCAUAUCCCCUUCCUCCGCCGAGGGGUUCCGGUGCUCCACCUCAUCUCCAUGCCCUUCCCCGACGUCUGGCACACACCCCACGACUCGGAGGCCAACCUGCACCCCCCCACGGUACACAACCUGAGCCGCAUCCUCGCUGUGUUCCUGGCUGAGUAUCUGGGGCUCUAGCCUCUGUAGCUGACUCUGAAGGAGAAGUGCCCGGCCAGGACAUGCCAAGGACACAUGGAACCAGCUCAGGCCAGGAUUCCCCGGGGUAUGCAGCCUUAUCCUUUUCUUUGGUAUGGAUUCUACUUGCGCUGUGAUCGGAAGACCCACUUUCCUUUGACUAUCUCAGGCUGUCACUCUUUAAAGACAUGGAAGAGACGAGAAGACUGUGGGGGCGGCAGCCGAAGAAAUAAGAGCUUGGACCCCGUCCUGGA